CUCUUCUGACACGUGACCGGAGGAGGUGGGAAUUUAGGACCAGCGCCUUCUCCUUGCUUCUUGGGGUCGUGGCCUUGCUCCCGCUGGGCAAGGGAAGUGUCCAGUCCUCCACGCGCGUGUGCGCGGGCGCUGAGGUGCUCGUGGGUCCGCGAUAGGACUCUGCGGGUCAGAGGCAGGAGCCAUGGGCGGGACCGCCAGCACCCGCCGGGUCACCUUCGAGGCGGACGAGAAUGAGAACAUCACCGUGGUGAAGGGCAUCCGGCUGUCAGAAAAUGUAAUUGAUCGAAUGAAGGAAUCCUCCCCAUCUGGUUCGAAGUCUCAGCGGUAUUCUGGUAUUUAUGGUGCCUCAGUUUCUGAUGAAGAAUUGAAAAGAAGAGUGGCUGAAGAACUGGCAUUGGAGCGAGCCAAGAAGGAAUCUGAGAAUCAGAAACAACUAAAGAAAAGCAAGGACCUAGACCGAGAGAGGGCUGCAGCCAGUGAGCAGUUAACCAGAGCUAUCCUUCGAGAGAGGAUAUCAAAUGAAGAAGAACGCUCGAAGGCAAAGCACUUGGAUUUUGAAGACAAAGCUAAGCAGCUGGAAGAGAAAGACCGAAUGAUAAAGAAGCAGGAUGCGUUCUACAAAGAGCAGCUGGCUAGACUGGAGGAGAGGAGUUCAGAGUUCUACAAAGUUACCACUGAGCAAUAUCAGAAAGCUGCUGAAGAAGUAGAAGCGAAGUUCAAGCGGUAUGAUUAUCAUCCAGUCUGUGCUGAUCUGCAGGCCAAAAUCCUCCAGUGUUACCGUGAGAACACCCACCAGACCCUCAGCUGCUCUGCUCUGGCUAACCAGUACAUGCACUGUGUUAAUCAUGCCAAACAGCAGGAAGAACAAAAAACAGACCUAGCUUGGGAGAACAAACAGACAGACACUGAACACAAAAUAAGUUAGCUAAUCAGAUUUUCAGAGCAUGCUGGAGAAGGGAGGAUAAAAUCAACUUUAGAACAUGCAAAACAUUAAUCCAGAAGUGGAACACUUUUUUUCUGAGUAAGAAGAUAAUGCACUUAAAAAGAGAAGACCACUAAAGAGAAGCACCAGAGAAUGAAUUCAACAGAAUCAUAUCAUGUUUUGAUCAACAACAGUUUGAGAAGCCAAGGUCUAGAUCAGGAAUCAGUCAUCAAAGGACACUGUUCUGUUCCAGUAAACCCAAUUUAUGAAAAAAUAAAAGAGAAGGGCAGUGCUCUGCACCUUUUUGUACUUUCUAUUCCACUUCUACUGACCAUAUGAUGUGUCUUUUCACACCAGGCUCCACCUUUUGGUGGCUUCACCUCUAACAAAGCUGGGAGCAGGUGGGGAGGCUGAGCUAAUUGGAGUAGGGAGAGGAAGGAGCAGAAAAACACAGAGCCCCAGGAAAAAGUGCUGUAUGGAAUUGCCUAGGCUGUGUCUUACUCAUUUCCUCUUUCUUCCUUUUCUUUGACUAAGAGCUAUUUCAUUUUAACUUAUUAUGGUGGUCAUGCAAGUAAGACAAAAAGGAGAGAAAAUGUUCCUCUUUUACUGGAAUGAUGUUUAUGAUUACAAAUGAAAUAAGACAUUUUUAUAAAUAUAAAAGGAACCUUGAUUUAUGCAGCCUCUAACAUGAAUAUUGACAACUUUACUCACUAUCAAUAAUAAAUAUAUUUUCUGACAAAGA